AUGGAACGCUCAUCAACCAGUGUCUGGGGGUUCUUUCGUCCCCAGACGCUCCUCUCGCUUUUAGAAUCGCCAUUUUUCUCACUUCUAGAUUCUCCAUCUUCCACCUCGCCAUAUGCCAGCAAAAUGGCCAACCCUGAUACGGGAGUCUUUGGUGCUAUCGGUGCUGUCCUCGGAUAUGUCGGUGCUGAGGUAGCUACUGGCCAGAUCUUUGAGCGUCUGCUAUGGCCCCAGCGCUCCUACGCAAACGUUACGCUGAAAUCGAUCCCUAUCAUGGCCAUUUUGAUGCCCAUGGGCGGGCCGCUACACAUCAUCGCGCUCAAGACCCUGGAUGUCAUGUCCUCUCACGGCUUAUUUAAAGGGGCACGGGUUGGCCACAUGCUCGGAACUGCUUUCUAUCCAGACCAAGAUUGGACUUACACCAGCUGGACGAGCAAUGGCCAAAAGAUCAAGACGGAGUCAGUGCGUAACUGUCUCUGGGUUCGCGCACUGAGUUACAUUCCGAUCCCCAAACUCGGCUGCGAUACACAGCAAGCAACUGAUCAGACUCAUGGAAAACCCGUUCUCAGAUCAGACCAGGUCCGGGCCAAGGUGGCUGUCAGUCAUCUGACCUUGACCAGAGCCACAAAGCAAGACACGGAGUCCAAGAUACCGUUUGUUGACGCAGACGUUGGAAGGCCGGCGUUUCAGGUCUUUCUGGCAAUAUUCAUCACAGAGUCGUCAGCGAUACUCACAGCCGUCGGCGUAGCUGUCUAUUUCAAAUCACUAUGGGCGCUAUGGUGGCUCACUCCCCUGCUUCUCCGUCUUGUCAGUGCCGUGUUUUCAGUAGACCGGAAGCCUCUCGAACCUCUGGAUCUCACAUCUCCCAAUGAAGACUUUUGUGAUUACGAGAUUCACUGUCCUCAGUCUGAAGGAAACUUUAUGCUUCUCACAGGCCCCAAGUCUGUCGUCCAACAGUUUUUCGUCCAUUACGGGCACCCAGUGCGCAACCGGUUUCGAGAAGCAGUACAGCUCGCAAUGGUGGCCCUCUUUGGAUUGCUCUUCCUCUUCGGUUUGUUCUUUUCGGUCAUUUGGAUGCCCAUCGCGGUCCAGAAAGUCUGGGUAUGCUAUCAUUUCUACUCUGGCUUUGCCAUGAUCGUCAUGCGUUACACUUCUAAUGGCACAUCUACGGAGGCCAUAAUUGCAAAGCACUUCAGAAAACAAGAGAAAAAUGUGGUCACUGUGGACAGUGAGAAAAAGGAAACAGCCAUCCUUUUUGGACACUCUCGAGACGGCAACGAGACUAUUAAAGUCAGCUUUGUCCCAACUUACCGUAAUCGCUUCUUGGAGGGGCAAGCAUGCAUGGAUAAACUUUUGCGACGCAAAUCGUGA